AUGACGGACAGUGGUCCUGGGAAAUGCAGGCAUGGCAGCUAUGGCCAAGGAUACUAUCUUGAUGUGGAUGCCCUCCGCAAGCAAGAGUAUCCUCUCCUAAAUCAGACAACUUAUCUUGAUCAUGCCGGCACAACUGUCUAUGCCAAGUCAUCGAUCACAGCGUUCUCUCAUGAUAUGCAAUCCAGUCUAUUCGGAAAUCCUCAUUCUACGUCCGUGUCAUCACAAUUGUCUACACAGCGCACAGAGCGUGUACGAUCACGGGUUCUCCAUUUCUUCAAUGCCAGUCCCGACUUGUUUGAUGUGGUGUUUGUGGCAAAUGCGACUGCGGCUAUUAAACUGGUUGCAGACUCAUUUCAGGAUUCUGAUUCACGAGGUUUCUGGUACGGUUAUCAUAUUGAUUCUCAUACCAGUGUUAUCGGUGUACGGGAGGUCGCCAAGAUGGGUUAUCAAUGUUUCCAUGAUGCCGAUGUGGAUGCUUGGAUCGCCGAGCUAGGCAAAACUCAGUCGAGAGCGCCCAGGCUGUUUGCUUUUCCGGCCCAGUCUAAUAUGAACGGUCGACGUCUCCCUCUACGAUGGUGCGAGCAGAUCCGUUCCGCAGUCGGUGGAGGAGCGAAUGUGUUCACUUUGCUUGAUGCCGCCUCAUUUGUGUCAACCGCUGCUCUCGACCUAGGAAAUGCAAAUGCUGCACCGGAUUUUACGGCACUAAGUUUUUACAAGAUUUUUGGAUUUCCUGAUCUAGGAGCGUUGAUUGUCCGAAAAAGCGCUGCCCGCAUUCUUGAACGGCGUAAGUUCUUCGGUGGGGGGACAGUGGAUAUGGUGAUAGCUUCCGGAGCGCAAUGGCAUGCGAAGAAAGAAGCCACGAUCCAUGAGCAACUUGAAGACGGUACUCUUCCUUUUCACAGCAUUAUUGCGCUGGAUGCCGCCAUGGACACGCACGAACGUCUUUACGGUUCAAUGGCAAAUAUUUCUGCUCACACUGGGUUCCUCGCCAAACGAGUUUAUGAUCGACUUUCUGCUUUGACACACUUCAACGACAAGAAGGUCUGUCGGAUCUACCAAUCAGAUUAUGGAAACCAAGCGCUUCAGGGCCCGAUCAUCGCGUUCAAUCUCAGAAACAGUCGAGACGAGUGGAUUCCUAAGACCGAGGUCGAAAAACUAGCAACACUGAAGAAUAUCCAACUGCGUUCCGGAUCAGUUUGCAACCCGGGAGGAACGGCCCGGUCUCUUGGAUGGUUGGGUGCAGAGCUGCGGCAUCAUUACGCUGCCGGUUUACGAUGCGGUGAUGACCACGAUAUAUUAGGCGGUCGACCGACCGGCAUCCUGCGUGUCAGUUUGGGUGCAAUGACCAACCAAAAGGAUAUUGACUCGUUGAUUGAAUUUAUCGAAGAGUUUUAUGUGGAGAAAGGUCCCCAUAUCCUUUCACUGAACCCUGACAUGGAUGAGAAUAUAACUCCUCAGUUUUAUGUUGAAAGUCUGACAAUCUUUCCCAUCAAGGGUUGUGGCGCAUUCAAAAUUCCCAAAGGCAGGCGCUGGGAGAUCAAAAGAGAUGGACUUUUAUGGGAUCAAGAAUGGCACCUCGUUCAUCAUGAGACUGGUGUUCCGCUCAAGCGAACGGAACACCCACAGAUGGCUCUUGUUCGUCCCUUUCUCGAUAUUGAUCGUGACAUACUGCGCGUCACAUGCGAUGCCCCAAAUGAUCAAUUAAGCCUCGAACUUCCUCUAGCUUGGAACGACAACUGCAUGACUCUGAUGACUACUCCGGUACGUUUGAGUUGUCAAAAAGGGUCGGCCAGUGCCUACAGAGAUAGGUUGUGUCUUCGUGCCUACGCCUCGCCCAUGGUCUCAACGUUCUUCACUCAGGUUCUAGGUGUACCUUGUACCCUCGCACGUUUCUCCUCACAGGAUCCAAGUCUGGACAUGCGGCUACCACAACUUGCCAGCACUUGGAAAGAUCGACUUCGGAGUUUUACUAGGGAAGCUUCGUCCACUCAUCGAUCUAAGCGCAAAAUUGGUCAGAAGUAUCUGCUUCUUUCUAGCGAGACGUCCACUUUGAUCGUCUCUAGAUCGUCUGUCAAUAGUCUGAAUGAAAUUGUCAAGGCCAACACCGAGCAAGCCUCUGGUCUCAGCAAGGUUAUUGCAGCAGAUGCAUUCCAGGGCAAUAUUGUUGUGGCAGAGCAACCCUCUGAGCUGGAGAGGGCAGAACAACCCUAUAUUGAGGAUAAGUGGUCGUCUGUUUGCAUUGGACAAGACCAGCUUCGCUUUGAUAUUUUUGAUCCGUGCCUGCGCUGUCAGAUGCUAUGCGUCAGCCAGUCGAUGGGCCUGCGACGCAAUGAAGUUCUUGCUGCACUCGCCAAGAUGCGAAAGGUCGAUGGUAAAACCCUGUUCGGUAGAUAUACGGCAAUUUCCACUAGUGCAGCCAAAACUGGAUUGGAAGAGCCGAGCAGCAAGACAAUCAUGGUUGGUGAUGUUGUGUUGCCCUCAUAUCAGAAUCACUAA